AUGAAUGUCAAUCCCCAAGGCCAUGGCUCCAUGGAUGCCACUUCCCAUGGUCCUAACGCCAUGAUGAGUGAUGUAGUCACAAAUUUUGCUCCGAAUAGUGCUUCAGAUGCUCAGGACCAACCAAAAUCCUCAUUGUUUUUGGCAAGUGAUGUUAUUGAGCUUCAGUAUUUAGUACCGGGUUGUGAAAAUGGUGGAAGUUGCAGCAACACGUGUUCAGUGGAUAGUCGUUCGGAAGUUGUGGAUGAGGACGAUUAUUUAGGGGAGGCAUUUAGGAUUGAAGUUCACAAGUCGUAUUUGUCUGAUGAGUGGAGUUCCUAUAUUUAUCGUGUUGGGGAGAAGUUUCAUGGUGCAACUGAGCUCCGUGAGAAACUCAGGAAGUAUGCAAUUGCAGUUGGUUUCGAGUUUGUGUUUUUGAGAAACGAUUUGGACGGUAUUCAUGCAGUUUGUUCAAAUAUUGGAACCAAAGGAUGUGAUUGGCAUCUUCGCGCUCUUUCAUCAUCUCAGAAUGGUUGCCUUUAUAUAACGGAGUUGAAUAAUAUUCACACUAUUAAGGGCAUAGUUAGGACUCAAAAUCAUAGGCUUCUGGGAUCUAAGGUUGUGAAGACUCGCAUUGCUGCUGAUGUUAGCUACAAUCUUUCACUAAAGCCAAGGGAAAUUAUGAGUAAAUUCAAGUCAACAUAUGGUUUUGAUAUUACCUACAAGGUUUCCUUGAAAGUGAAGCAAAGGGCUAAGGAAGCAAUUUAUGGUUCCGAUGCAGAUUCAUUCAGCAAGUUAUCUUGGUAUAAGGAAGCCGUUUUGGAGAGUAAUCCGGGCUCUUCUUUUGUGUUGGAAGUUGACCCAUCCACUAAUCGUUUUCAUAGGCUUUUCGUGGCUUAUGGAGGUUGUAUUGAAGGCUUCCAAUUCUGUUUGUCGGUGUUGUAUGUUGAUGAAACGUUUGGUAAAAGUAUUUACAAGGGUUUCUACCCUCUAGCCAUAUGUUUUUGUGAUUCUGAGACAGAAGCAAAUUGGACAUUCUUUCUCAAGCAUUUGAAGAGUUUACUUGAACCUCAAGGAAGAGUCAUCACAUUUAUUAGUGAUCGGGGUACCAGACUGUUGAGUGCUUUCGAUAAGGUAUUUGCUGGACAUCCUCACCUGUUUUGUUACAAGCAUUUGGUGGCUAACUUUGCCGGUAAAUAUAGGGGUAAAGGUAAUUCUAUCUUGAUAGAAGAUGUUAAGCAGAAGUUUUUUACGGUUGCAUAUUCCUCUACCGAGAAGGAAUACCGUUUCAAUUUGCAUAAACUUAGAGAAGUUGGAGGUGCCGAGAUUAUUGACCCUUUUCUCGCUGAAAUUCUAGUUGAACAUUGGUGCCGUGCAUUUUAUACAGGCCACCGAUAUGGAAAAAUGGCCAAUGGGAUGGCAGAAUCAUUUAACUCUUGGAUUUCACUUGAGCGUUUGAUGUCGGUAUAUUGUAUGUUGGAUCCAGAGCCGUCUCAAACUUUUCGGAGGCCCUGUGCGAAAGUUUAA